UAUGCUAAUUUGUUUUGCAGGGUACAGACAUCUACGACAGUAAACAUGGUGCAAUGGUUGAUUUGGGCAUUCUGGAUGUACUGCAAAUCUUUGGUCGUGCUGGUCGUCCACAGUUUGACACCAGCGGUCAUGGCACUAUCAUCACCACACAUGAUAAACUGACACACUACUUGGCUCUCCUUACCAAUCAGUAUCCAAUUGAAAGUUCUUUCAUCAAUCAUUUGGUUGAUAAUCUAAAUGCUGAGGUUUCUCUUGGUACUGUUACAAACAUUGAUGAAGCCAUUGAAUGGAUGAGCUACACCUACCUCUACGUUCGAAUGCGCAAAAAUCCUCAGGUGUAUGGCCUGCUGUACAAGGAAGCUCAGCAGGAUCCUUCACUUGAAAACUUUCGUCGAGACCUCCUUGUUAAAGCAGCUAGAGCUCUAGAUAAGGCACGUAUGGUACGCUAUGAUGAAGCUACAGGGUACCUUCAUAUAACAGAUAUGGGCCGUGUUGCUAGCCAGUUCUACAUUAAGUAUGACACCAUUGAAGUUUUCAAUGAAUUCCUUAAGGCUGUCAUGAAUGAGGCUGAUAUAUUGGCCUGUAUUGCUCAGAGUUCAGAAUUUGUUCAGUUGAAGGUAUGUGUACUUUGCUUUUCUUUCCUUAUUUUUCUGAUGUAAAAUGUCAAGUAAUUA